AUGAACGCCAACCUCUCAGGAUUGUCAACACUUGAAGAUCCCAAGAUUUCAAGAUUUCGUAUCCCAAGACUUCAAGAUUUCAUAUCCCAAGGCUUCAAUAUUUCAUAUCCCAAGAUCGCAGGCCCCCAAGGUCCGCCAACAUGUCAACGUACACUCAAGGUGCUCAACAGUCACUUACAUUCAGCAGUCAAGCAUCUGAAGUUCCUCAACGCCCUUAAGGUUUUUCAACAUUCUCUCGAGGUAACCUGGAGGCAGCAGCCUGUGGCAUGGCAACGACUUCAAGGUGUUCAACAGUCACUUUCAUUCAGCGGUCAAGUAUCUGAAGUUUCUCGAUGUAAUCUGAAGGCAAAUCCUAUCAUUUCUGGCAAGAAAUGA